AUGGCUUGGUUGAGCUCAAUUACAGCUAUCGGCCAUCUCCCGGUAAGGAAAGUGGAAUUCCCCAGCCUGAUGGUUAGGGUCAAGGCUUGGUCUUCCCCUCCUCGGGCUUACACUUCACUUCGGGAACAUCUAUUACAGGAAGUUUAUCAAGUCCUUUUCGAUAUAGAAAGUUGGUCAAUUCAUGAGAAUUUGAAACUUUCAAUGGAAGUCUUAUUAUAUAUAUGUGAUUUUCAUCGAUAUGCACUGAAUCUAAUUCCUUCGAGGCGAAUGGUCCACUCAUCAAAUCCAGUUCAAAGGAAGAGGGACAUUCCUACUUCCCUUCCAGAAGGAGGGGCUUUAAUAGUAAGAGCAAGACAGCCUUACUUAAAUGCCAGUACUCCCUCAGGGCUCAAAUGCCAUAACUACCUCAGGUAUGAAAGGGGUAAGCUGCUAGAAUCUCUUGCCUUGGUGACUCGAUCGGCUGUCUCCCCUUCUCAAACAUUGAUUCCUCCGAAUAGGGUCUUUUCCCACCAGGCACCGUGGCCUUAUAUCCCCCUGGUCGUAUUCAAAGGAUCUCUCAAGA